AUGAUCAAAUGGCAGGAUGGAGUGCAGGAUUGUUACGAUGCUUCCGAUGAGGGUGAGAUUUCACUUUUUUUGGGAAAUACUAGGUUUUGAACGCAUUUUUUAGCGUUGCCAGAUAAUGUAUAGUUCCAUAGAACGUUUGCCCAGUAUCUGGACACCUUGUACUUGGUUUUUGUAGUUGAUCACUUUUCUCUAGGACCACUUUCUGGAGUACGGUAGUUCCUUGAAGUUGGGAUGAGUUAGCGCCUAGAAAUUUCAGUGCUAACUUCCAAGAGCUACAGUACCCCAGGAAGUGGUCGUACAAAAAAGUUGUCAACUACAAAAAUGAAGUACUAGGCGCCAAGACAUAUCACAAAAAAUUUGGGAGCUGUACGACGUCUACCAACGCAGAAAUAUGCGUUCAAAGUUUCCACUAAACAAGAGAAUGUAGAAAAAGAUGAGUACUGUUUUGGCCACAGAUGUACUCAAAAAUUGAACCCAACAAAGGCAUAUUUUUUUGGAAAAUUGGUCAACCGGUUUGAUCUGUACGACUCAUAUGAAACUGAAAAAGAUACGAUUUGUUUCUCUUGAAAAUCUAGGUCCUUGAUGAUUUCUAGAACAUUUCUAGAAGUUUUCUCCAGGAAAAAAGUGCUGCGUAAAUUUUAGUGCUGCGUAAAUUUUAGUGCUGCAUAAAUUUUAGUGCUGCGUAACUUUGGCGUUGCUUAUAGUCUAGUGCUGCGUAAAUUUCCGUGCUGCUUAACUUUUGGUGCUGCUUAACUUUUAGUGCUGCUUAACUUUUAGUGCUGCUUAACUUUUGGUGCUGCUUAUAGUUUAGUGCUGCCUAAAUUUCAGUGUUGCUUAACUUUUGGAAUCAACUACUGUGCUUUCUACUAUAUUUUUCUUUCCAACCAGUUUUCACCCGACCGCAUAAGCCCAUUACGAGAAAUUCACAAUAUCCGCAUGCGUUGGCAACAAAAAGAGAUGUUUUUUGGGGGGUGUGGGUAGGUAGGUGAUGAUCGGUAACCACUUGCGGCCUCCUCAGAAUGCACUUGACUUGUGGGCCACUUUUGUGCGUCUCAUACACAUUUUCCGCACCGUAAUUAGGUCCCAAUUAGACGCGUUCCUCCUUUUUUCCUUUUCCAAGUCAUUGAGCCUAUAAUAGAUACCUUUUUGCCUGAAAAAAUGGAAACUGGGACAAAGUUCGAGAGAGAAACAGCAACGGAAAAAUGUUAAAUGUAUAAUAUUAAAUUCGAAACGGCUAUUCUACACCUGUUAUAAUUGGGUUGGCCUUCACGAAAAUGCGUAUGCAACUGACUUUCAAUACCCAAAAAGGUCAUGAAACCGGAGGAUAUUUAAUUGCUUGUCUUCUUCUUCUUCUUCUUCUUCUUGUACCCAACAGAACCUAGUUAACGGGUAAAUUGCACCAUGUCCGGUGAGGAGGGGGGUCUAGAGAUUUGUCCUUCCUUGUCCUGACACAGCUGGGACGACGUAAUUUGGGAGAAAAUUGGACGAGGAGAACACUUUUCGAAUUUGAAGUGGAAAAGAAAGACAAAAACCGAAAAAAUGGGGUGACAUUACUGUAUGGCCGGAUUUAAAAAAAAACAAAAACUACAGUAAUCCGAAAGACCUUCAAUUCGUGAUUUCAGUGUGCCUGCCGUGGCAAUUCGACUGUCAAUUCGGAUCGCCGCGUUGUGUCUCCAAAAACAAGUUGAACGAUUUGAAAAUCGACUGUUAUUCGGGUUUCGACGAAGGAUGCCCCGCCCACUUUUACGUUUGCAAGGACAAAAGCACGUGUAUUCCGCCGGAAAAGUACCUGGACGGACGGCCCGAUUGCAAGGAUCGCAGUGAUGAGCGUAAGGAGUACUAUGAUUUUGAACUAAAAAGUUAAGAAGCAUCAGCAAUUGGGUUAAACAAAAAACUAUCGAGUCGAAUGGACGGUCAGCCUAUCGAGCGACUGUAGUAAACUUGCGAACGGUAGCUGGCCCGGCCACAAAUGCUCUCGCGAAUACCGCAACGCCACACUGUUCUGGCCAUUCGUUUGCCGAGAUCUUCUUUCAUUUUCUUUCCUUCCCCAGUCACUGUCUUUCCAAAGGCUAGUGCGCCGCGUUAGAACAGAGUGUCGUUGAGAAAACAAAGUAUACGGUACAGAGCCCGCGAAAAUUGCUGCGUGGCACGGUCUCCCAGGGCGCUAAUGCUAAACACAGUGUGCACGUAAAUUUCGGAGUGUCGUUACAACGAACGAAAUGUCCCAUUUUAUGCCGAAAACUCAUGCUUUUUGACUUGAAAACCGCCUAGAAAACAAUAUUUUGCUGAUUGAAAACCGUUCUUCACAGAAUUAAGAGUUUUUCAUGUUUUUCGCGUUUCGUCAAAACUUCAAAAAAUGAGCUUAAUUCCGCCUUCCGCCUUCCGCUUUCCGCCGCUUUUUUCAUUCCGCCUCCGCUUUCCGCCUUCCGCCAAAAAAAAAAAUUGAAAUUCCGCCUUCGCUUUCCACCUUCCGCCAAAAAAUUUUUUAAUCCGCCUCCGCUUUCCGCCUUUUCAAAAAACUACAAGCAACCCCAAAGUUAAGCAGCACUAAAAGUUACGCAGCACUAAAAUUCAGGCAGCACCAAAAGUUAAGCAGCACUGAAAUUUACGCAGCACUAAACUAUAAGCAACGCCAAAGUUACGCAGCACUGAAAUUUACGCAGCACUAACCUUUAGGCAGCACCAACAGCAAAGCAUCACUAGAUAUUACGCAGCACUAAAAUUUACGCAGCACCAAAAGUUAAGCAGCACUGAAAUUUACGCAGCACUAAAAUUCAGGCAGUACCAAAUGUAAAGCAUCACUAAAAUUUACGCAGCACUAAAAUUUACGUAGUACCAUAAGUUAAGCAGCACUGAAAUUUACGCAGCACUAACCUUUAAGGAAGCCCAAAGUUACGCAGCACUAAACUACAAGCAGCACCAAAAGCUAAGCAGCACUGAAAUUUACGCAGCACUAAAAUUUAAGCAGCACCAAAAGUAAAGUAUUACUAAAAUUUAAACAGUACUAAAAUUUAAGCAGCACCAAAAAUUAAGCUGCACUAAAAGUUACGCAGCACUAAACUUUAAGGAAGCCCAAAGUUACGCAGCACUAAAAUUUACGCAGCACUAAACUAUAAGCAGCACCAAAAGUAAAGCAUCACUAAAAUUUAAGCAGCACUAAGAUUUACGCAGCACCAAAAGUUAAGCAGCACUGAAAUUUACGCAGCACUAAACUAUAAGCAACGCCAAAGUUACGCAGCACUAAAAUUUAGGCAGCACUAAAAUUUAAGCAACGCCAAAGUUACGCAGCACUGAAAUUUACGCAGCACUAAAAUUCAGGCAGCACCAAAAGUUAAGCAGCACUGAAAUUUACGCAGCACUAAACUAUAAGCAACGCCAAAUUUACGCAGCGCUGAAAUUUACGCAGCACUAAAAUUUACGCAGCACUAAAAUUUACGCAGCACUAAACUAUAAGCAGCGCCAAAAGUAAAGCAUCACUAAAAUUUAAGCAGCACUAAAAUUUAAGCAGCACCAAAAGUUAAGCAGCACUGAAAUUUACGCAGCACUAAACUAUAAGCAACUCCAAAGUUACGCAGCACUAAAAUUUAGGCAGCACUAAAAUUUAAGCAACGCCAAAGUUACGCAGCACUGAAAUUUACGCAGCACUAAAAUUCAGGCAGCACCAAAAGUUAAGCAGCACUGAAAUUUACGCAGCACUAAACUAUAAGCAACGCCAAAGUUACGCAGCACUGAAAUUUACGCAGCACUAAACUACAAGCAACGCCAAAGUUACGCAGCACUGAAACUUACGCAGCACUAAACUAUAAGCAACCCCAAAGUUACGCAGCACUAAAAUUUACGCAGCACUAAACUACAAGCAACGCCAAAGUUACGCAGCACUAAAAUUUACGCAGGACUAAUAUUUAUGCAGCACCAAAAGUAAAGCAUCACUAAAAUUUAAGCAGCACUAAAAUUUACGCAGCACCAAAAGUUAAGCAGCACUAAAAGUUACGCAGCACAAAAAUUCAGGCAGCACCAAAAGUAAAGCAUCACUAAAAUUUACGCAGCACUAAAAUUUAAGCAGCACCAAAAGUUAAGCAGCACUGAAAUUUACGCAGCACUAAAUUAUAAGCAACGCCAAAGUUACGCAGCACCGGGCAUUCUUUACAUUUUUUAUGCGUGACUUUCGAUAAAAUACCGAGUUGUAAUGCCCUAUUUUUGCAGCGUGUGUCCAGAAUGAAUUUCAAUGCUCGGACGGUUCGAAAUGCAUCCCGAGAGCCCAAUUCCAGGACGGAAAAGAGGAUUGCGCGGACGGAUCGGACGAGGAGUGCACGACUUCGCAGUUUGCGUGCCAGUGCGGAGCCGUGAGAUGCGUCGCCGAGCAGUUUGUGAUGGACGGAAGUUGGGAUUGCGAAGACGGCUCCGACGAGUUUGUCAGUCAGAAAAGUGAGUACUGUAGAGCUGAGGAUUUUGAAGUUUUGAAAAAAAUUACGUGGAAACUCAAACUUUCCAAUUUUUCUUUGAGAACAGUGCCCAGAAAAGUCAAAGCGAAACCGUUUCUAUCUACAGAAAACAUUUGAUCUACAGUUUUCCUCAAAAGGUAGAUCAAUAUCAAUUUUCAGUCAACUGCACCGGAAAACACCACAAAAACACUGGCAUCAACUCAUUUUCCCUUGGAAAAAUCAAGAUCUGCUCGGGCCUGAACCCGUGUAAACCGGAACUCGGACAAGUUUGUGUGGUAAGACCCUCCGACACGCAGGUGCCACGUCAUCACACACUAUUCCAGGUGAUUGGCGGAACGUGGCGAUGCGUUUGCAAACUGGGGACCGUCCGUCCGCCGGGCUCCGAAAAAUGCAUUCCCAUGGAGUUGCUCGCCCGCUUUCGAAGCAGUUCCUAUGGAAAUUGCUCCGAAUCGAAUGAGAAUCUUUUUGGACUUCUUCAAGCAUCCCCAAAAGUGUUCGAGGACCCGGAAGCACUGAAGAAACCCGAAAAUCGAUGGAUGAACAUUCGGAGAGCGCCCAGACCGAAACCGAGGAAAGUUAUCAUUUCUGGAAGCACUGUAAGUUUGAACUUUUUAUGUUUUUUCAAAAAAAACUAAUUUCAGCCCAACGGAAUCGACGGAUUUCUGGAGAACGAGUCGGAAAGGGUGCCGUUCAUGUUUCUGGAGGAGCAAAAAGAGGUCGACUAUGUCAGUGCGAUUCCCGACGAAAUCAUCGACAGCUACGGGACGAUCACGACGCCAACACACCUCGAAUUCAGUCGCGACGAGCCGCCGUGCACCGGAAACGCCUCUUGUGGUCAGAUUUUGUUUCGGCUACUUACUGUAGACUCCAAAGAACUACAGUCAUCCAGUAGAAGUCAACAAUUGCAAAUUUUCAGGCCACUACGAAUCGUGCCAACUGAAAUCGGAUGGAACUUUUGGAUGUCUGUGCCGUAACGGUUUUUUCAGUGUCAACGGGACUUGUAUAGGUUGGUACUGUAGUUUUUGUUCUGCAGAUCCGCUAGAGUACCGCUAGGGACUAGUGUAUAAAGCUACAGUACCGCCAAUAUCUUCUGCUUUCAGAACUAAUCGACGAAUGUUUGCGUGGCCAGCACGAUUGUCACUCGGACGCCCGUUGCGUCGACGCCCUCGUCGGCUACGAAUGUCUGUGUCGCGAAGGGUAUCUGGACACGUCGCGAGAGCCGAAAGCACGGCCGGGAAGGAGUUGCAGAAAGUGUAAGGGCGACAAUAUUUGUGUGUUUCAUUGAAACAAAGGAAGACGUUGACAAUUUGCAGUGGUGAAUGAGUGUCUGAGCGCUUCUCUCAACGAUUGUGCACCCGACGCCAAGUGUUUGGACAAGCCGAUUGGUUACACGUGCAGGUUUGUCGCAUUCUGCACCCUAAAUUCUAGAACAAAUCUAGGCCUCGUUUUUGAAAUAUUUUGCGCACAUUUGAGAAAAUUUGAAAUCCUGAGCAACAAUUAGAGCAGCUAGCAUCUUAGGCCAUGUUUUUCGGAAGCCUAUGCUAUGGCUUGUGACUUUAGACCCAAUUUUGGCGAGCCCUAGUCAUGAUUAGGAAUCCUAGGCCAUUGUACGAGAUUAUGGGCUCUGAUUUUGGAUCCUCAUAUACAUUUCAUCAUGUUCCAGUCAACAAUAUGUGUUUUUUCAGAUGUCAAGAUGACUACGUGGACAUUUCGUCGCUGGGAGCCAGAAAACCGGGUCGCAACUGUACAAAAGGUUAGUGUUUUCCAGAGUUGCCACGGGCCGGGCCGGGCCGGGCCGGGCCGAAAUUUUCAAAACUCCGGCCCGGCCCGGCCCGGUCGGCCCGGUUCAAAAAGCGGGAAACCAAAUUUUGAACUAUUGAUUAAAUAAAAUGUUUGUUUUUCGUAGAACUAACGAAUUUUGCAAGUAUCGAGCAUAAAAAAGAAAUGUAGUUCUCAAAAAUUGUUUUUAUUGGCGAACAAAUCAAUGUUUUACACGCGCCACAAUCCGAAAGUUGGAAAAAAAAAUGGCUAAAGAGCGCGCGCGACCGUAAUGUCGGAGUGUCGUAGUUUUUUUUCUAAAUUUUGAUCCCCGCAAAAAAAAAACGAAAAAAUCGAUUUCCCCCAAAAAUUUGAAUUCGCGCCUUUUGAGCCGGGCCAGCAAAUUUUCGGCCCGUAAUUUGGCAAGUCUGGUGUUUUCCCUCGAUUCACCCUCAUUCAUUCCGCACCUUUUUGUCUGUGCAGCCGUCAACGAAUGCGCGACGAACGUGCACAACUGCGAUCAUCGCGCAAUUUGUCACGAUUUGCCGAUUGGAUACUCGUGCAGGUUGGCGGAAAAUUUUGCAGACAGUACACAGGAAAUGCACCAAAAUUUGCAGGUGCCCAUUCGGUUUCAUCGAUAUGAGUCCGACUUUGGAGGAGCAGGGCAGAAAGUGUGUUAUAGGUAAUAGUUGUGCGGCAAUUACGCCUUUUCACUGAGAAACUUGAAAAUAGUUGUUUAAAAUUCAUCCUGUGGGAUUACUGUAUGUCUCGAGUCAUUGGUACAAGUUGCGGAACCCUAUGAUAUUACACUGAAACCAGAAAACGGACAGUAAACAGUUAUCACCAUCACAACGAACCCGAAAAAGAAACUUUUACUUCCUCUUCCGAUGAUGAUCGCGAAACAUCCUUGACCCAUUAGUGUAACAUUGCUGCUAUCAUCUUUUUUUUCCCCUCUUUGUGACCUUUUUCCUGGCAAUAGUACAUAUCCCCCCGUUUUCCGGUGUAUUUCACUGUCUUCUUUGUCUGCAGUCGAUCCCGAAAUUUCACUCGAAUUUCACUUUAAGAUGAGUAUCUUUUUGCCCAUUUUCACUUUGGUCUCGUACGAGAAUCGGACGGCUAAAGAUGCUAAUCACAUCACUUUGUACGGCGGAAAAAGGAAAACGUGGGUAACGGAACGGAAACUGUGGAUAUUGUAGAGUUUUUUCUACUAUCACUUUCCCCUUGGAAGUUAGGACUAGUUCAGAGCCCAUGGUAACUUUUAAGAGCUACAGUACUGCAGGGAGUGUUUGUACGAAUAAGAUGUCAACUACAAAAAUACAGUACUCGACAUGAGCUUCAUUUUUGUAGUUGACAACUUUUGUCUACAACCACUUCUCGAAGUACAAUUGCACUUGGAAAAUAUGACACCACUCGAAAUUUCAGCCGACGACGACUGCUCGACGUGUUCUCUGAUUCCUGGCGCCAGAUGUCUGCACACGGAGGACGGAGCCAAUUGUGCAUGCCUUUCGGGAUACGUGGACGUUCGUCGCGAUCCGGAAUCCCCUCUCAAGUGUCAAUUACUGAAGAAUAAGGAUGCCAAAAGUGCGUCACUUGUGGCCAACUUUGAAUAG